CAGUCGCUGGAAUAUGGGUACGGAGGCGAUGUUUCGCAGAUUUCCCUCGAUCGCGUGCUGAAAUGGACCGGACCGGGUCGCGUGCGUCCUUUCUCAGGGUUCAUGUGUUUGUGUGAAGCGGCGAGUGCAGCGCGCGCGCCUGCUUUACUGCCUGCUUAUCUUGGACACAACGGGAACACCGGAGAGGGCUUUACCGGGAGAGCGCCGCUAACGGAGCGUGUACUCUGUGGGUUACGUUUACAGUCCCGUUUUUGGAGAGCCUGGCAGGGAACCGUGUGGAGACCAGGAGGUGUGUGUGUGUGUGUGUGUGUGUGAGAGUGUGAGUGUGUGAUGAGGGGUGUGUGAUGAUGAUGGUGAUGAUGAUGAUGGUGGUGAUGAUGGUGCUGAGCCUGGCCCUCUGCUGCAUCUCCAAAUGACAGAGAUGCCUGAAACUGGAAGGAAGUCACAUGGGAAGAUGGACAGCUUCCCUGGAGGAAACACAUCAGGUUCAUGCAUUAUGUCGUAAAAGGCGAGCAGGAUGGAGAAGUCAGAGGGAGAGAGCGCAGGUUUGAGGGCGGUGCCAGCGAAGGCUCGGCGUCUGAUUGGCUGCUGCGUGCUCCUUCUCUUGGCAUUGAUGCUUGUCUCCAUUGCGACUACAAGCACACCUGUGUCAGAGAAACUCCCAUCCGGUCUAUCCAAACGGGACUUUGGUUUCUUCCCGACACACGCAGGCUUGCAACAAGCUUCAUUAUCCUUAUCGCAAUACUCAGAAAACCCCAGACACAAAGCUCAUAUAUCAUCAGAUGCCAAGCAUCCUGCACACCCUGUUCGCCAUGACAAUGCAUCCAGCAUAGCUCCCACCCCAUCCCUAGGUGCUGAUGGUGGAUCAGGUAACCUAGGCGAUAGUGCACAUGGCAUUCACCUGCUGCUACGCCCACCAGACCUUCUCACACCAAGUCAGAUGCCUCCUCUUCAUGGCCACAGCCCACCUACACCGGCUCCUCCCACUUUACUCACACAUGAAGACCUGGACUCUGCUCAGUCUACAGAAGUGGACUGGGGUUCUGGGGAUUACCUGGAGACUUUAACCUUCAUGGGCUCUGAUGGGGAGGACCUUUCUCUGGUCACCACCCUUCCUACACAUGGAUAUGACUUGUAUGAAUCUGAGGACGACAAUGCUGGGGUCCGCUACAACACCGACUUUCCAUCCCGGCCCGUUCUAACCCUCUCCUCUAGGCAUCUCCUCCCUAGUGUAACUCUUGGAUAUGGAACUAGCCUAAGGACUGCCCACCCCUCUGAUCCCCGCCUCCCCCAUGUCCCUGAUACUGCCCAGGAUGAUCUGGAUUUUGACUGGGCAGAUCUGUACCCUAUUGAGCCCACAGAAAUGCUGCUUCCAGAUAUGAACAGUAUGGAGUACUACAACACGCUACUGGCCAAAGAGAAUGCUAGUGCUGCUCGUAACCAGACACACCGGACUCCCCCUCAUAUCACCCCUACUGCAACCCACACACAGCCUACAGAUUCCACGCACACACUUGCCCCUUCUCUGGGUGUGGGCCCUAGGACAGUAACGGACCAAGUAGAUACACCUCACCCCAUACCUGGAGUUACCCCCACCCCUCCACGAAAACCUACUAUACUCCCUAUUUCUCCUACAGAGCAUCAGCAACCUGCUGAAGUACCUUAUUACCCAGAGAAGGGAUCUCCUCACCCAGCUUUACCAGACGCUAAAGCAGGUAGUGAACAACCUGAAGUUCCCUCAGUCCCACCAGUUAUCCCACAGGGUCCAGUCAUCCAGGCUGUAACAGUUAAAGUCCCUUCUGCUCACAAACCUCGGACACCUACCAGAGCCACGACUAUCACUACAACAACAACUACAACCACCAUGUCCACCAAGGCAAUACCGCCUGCUCCCAGAAUCCCUCUUUCCAUUGCACCCCGGCAGUAUGUCUGCAACAUCACCAAGCAAGACAUGUACCUGGUCAGAGUGGGUAUGCCAAGUGCAACCUCGGUGGCAUUUGCGAAGGCUCAUGUGAAGGAGAUUUUGAGACGAGAGUUCAACCGGACAGUAGAGCUGCAGGUCCUUAAAGCUCCGCCCAAUUUUGUUUUCCGGGCAGUGUCUGGCCCACUCAUAUACACAGCAGUGUCAAUCAUCAACACCCUCCGCCAAUCAGCACGCAGCACCUCAUCCUCCACCAUCCUCACUGUUACACCCAUAUAUCCCGUACCUGAAUACAUCAAUCAGGUCCACUCAGUUUUGCAGUUUGUGCCGAGCCAUGUGGACGUGCGAGUGUGCAGCUUCAGUGAGCGUGUGGAGAGGGGGCUCUUCAUGGCUUAUUCAGAAGUGCGCAGGCGAUUGCAGGAGAAUGGAAACUUCACUGUACAUAUCUUGAACAUCACCAUCAGUUUGGCGAAAGGCCAGAAGCAGCAGAAAACUCCAGUGGACAUCACGUUCGCCAUCCGCGAUUCUCACGGCUACAUCAGGGGCUCCGAUGUCAGCGCUCACCUGAGACAGCUGCAUGUGGUGGAGUUCAGCUUCUACCUGGGCUUUCCUGCAGUGCAGAUUGCAGAGCCUUUUCAUUAUCCAGAGCUGAAUGUAUCUCAUCAUUUGCAAUCGUCCUGGGUGAAGACAGUGUUACUGGGCGUGUUAGAUCAGCGUGUGAGUGAGAGGACGUUCCAGGCUAAAAUGGAGAGGAGACUGGCUGUGUUGGUGGGGGAGGGGCUUGGGCUCAGUGGUGGGCGUCGCUGGAGACGAGCAACCACUGUGGGCAACAACAGCGUGCAGAUUGUACGAGCUUCACGCCUGGAAGGGGCAGAUAAUCCUCUAGAGCUGGUGUAUUUUGUGGAGGCGGGGUCAGGAGAGAGGCUGUCGGGUCAGACCACUGCUGCCAUGCUGAACAGACUUAACCUGCAGAGGGCAGCCAUUGUGUUGGGCUACCGUGUGCAUGGAAUACUGGCUACACCGGUGGAGAAGUUAUCCCUGGCCCCCUCUGAGACACAGCCCAGUAAUGUGUGGCUGAUCAUUGGGGUGGUGGUCCCUGGGGUGGUGGUCCUCCUCAUCAUCAUCAUCCUCUACUGGAAACUGUGCCGCUCUGAGAAACUGGAGUUCCAACCAGACGCCAUGAGCACCAUCCAACAGAGACAGAAGGUCUGGGUCGAACCAUUUCACAGUCUCCAGGCCCCAAGUGUGAAAGGCUUUGACUUUGCCAAGCUCCACCUUGGACAGCAUAGUAAAGAUGACAUCAUGGUGAUCCAAGAACCCUCCCCUAUGCCACCAUCUGUCAAAGAGGCCACGCCUUCUGAGGGUGGAGAACUGACCACGCCCAAAUCCAAAAGCUCAUCCACCAAAGUGUCACGUGCAGCUCGAAGGAGGAGCAGAUUAUCUCCAUCUGAUGGUGAUUCAUUGGCUAGUGAGGCAUCCAGUGGCCGAGAGUCAGCAGAGGAAAGCACCAGACCUGCAGUCACACCCAGCGACAGCAAACCUCAUCACCGCAAGAGCAAACAUGCAGCGAAGAACAAACUUGGUGCAGCAUCAGGCAGCGGAGCUGAUGAACAGUUAUCUUCAUCCUCUAUAUUUGACCAUGUGGAUCGGCUGUCUCGAGGUUCGUCUGAUGGAACACGCCGUGUCUCCAAUAAGGUCCAGUUAAUCGCCAUGCAGCCUGUGCCGAGCCCGCCCUCUCAUUCGCAUAACCAAGCCCUAAGCCCCGCUCUCAGUGAAAGGAUGCCGGAUGGAGGCAAAGUUAGCUCUGAGAUCCAGGUUGCUCUCAGGCAUAAAUCUGAGAUCGAACACCACCGCAAUAAGAUACGACUGCGGGCCAAGAGAAAAGGCCACUAUGAGUUUCCAUCCAUGGAGGACAUUAUAGCGGUGUUCGGGGACAGCUCAGAGCAUCAGCGGGUGUACCAGCAAGCCCAGGAGCAAAUACGCAAGAUCCUGCAUACUGAUACACAAACACCUUCACCCAACGGAGAACCUCACAGGAGCUCAAGAGGCAGACGUUCUCCCAGACAGCGUCAAAGGCAGAAUUUGAGUGGAAACAGCAGCCUGACUGAUAAAGACCGUCUCAUUACUGACGGCGAUGCCACGUACAGGAAGUACCCGGGAGUCAACAAUGUGGCCUACGUGUCGGAUGCAGAUCAGCUCCCUGAUGUCGGUAGCCCCUCCCCGACUGACGAGGUAUUUGUUGACCCGGGAUCUCCACCUCCCGGCCCCGCCCCUGCUCCACCCACUUAUAUUCCACCUCAGCCAACCAUUGAAGAGGCGCGACAGCAAAUGCACUCUCUGUUGGAUGAUGCAUUUGCACUAGUCUCACCCUCCUCACAGAGUAGCUCCGCCCCAUUGAAUCUCACUGGGGUUACGACAAUUCCUGGAGUGGAAGGGGUCAGUCCUGUUCCGCCCGCUAGUCCACCCCCGCGUUCUGUCCGCCAGUGGGGCUCAUCAUCCUACCCAGCAGCCCCUGCACACAGUCCCUUCUCUGCAAGGUAUGCUGAAUUAGGAAUGUCCCCUACAUCUGUGCAAAACUUACUGCAGAGGCAGGCACUGGGCUCUGGAUAUCUGGCAUCAGGAGAGCUACAGUCCGAUCCAGGUUACUCAAACAGGGGGCAGUAUGGAGAUGAUAUCCCAUCGUCCUCCCGACCACGACCUGUAGGGGGCAGCACAGGUGCACAGUUACAUCAGCUGACACAGGUAGGCUUGUCCAGUAGGAUUGGUGUAUAUCCCGGAGUGGGACGCAGUGUGUCCGGACCAUCAGGAUCCAGCUGGGCCCAGUACCGGUCAGACGACGAGGUCUCCAGACCUGGAAACAACCGCGAGGCUCAGAUCCUGUCUUUCCCUGAGUACUCCUCAUCUCCCGUGUUCCAGAUGCCCAGGUCAUCCCUGAGAGAUCCUCCCACGCCCACAGCAGGCUACACCGGCCCGGAGGAAGCCUCUCCGCCUGUGCAGUCCUCAGCCUCACUUAUCAAGGCCAUCAGGGAGGAGCUGCAAAGACUCUCCCAGAAACAACCAGCCAUAGCCGGCUACCACAGCUGAGAAACACCAUACCUAACCCAAACCCUGGCUAAACUCCGCCCACAGCUGGUCACUGAACUAGCUGAUUUUAAACAUGCUACCUAAUCAAUCACUGAAUACAUGCACCAGAGCCAAGGUUUGUUUGAACCCUAUUUCUAUACAUAUACAGCAGGCUGAACUGAUACACAAAGAGAUACCACUGCUUAAGGUACAGUACAUGGACCAUUUGGAUUAACCUGAGGGGAAAAAAAACACCCAGCAUACCACAAAUCAAAUAUCACUAACUUAAAAUACAACAAGUCACCUCACCCACGAAUAUCCAAUAGAAACUCUUCUCUCCUAAAUUGCAUGCUAUUUGAAAUAGUGAAACAGAAGAAAAAAAGACUUGUUUGUGAUUUUUUUUUUUCAAAUCCAGCGUGAGACCCCUCCUCUCCUCAGUGCCAUAUCUACAUGUCCGUCAAAGUGCUUCCUUCAGAAGGGUCAUCAUCCAACCCCUCGACUUCCUCUGGUGCUAAAUCUCAUUCCCGUUUCCACCGACCAUGCCUGAAAAUUGAAGCAGUUAAGCAGUGGUCAGCAGUGGCUCUUCCUUUAAGUCUACAUUUCUGUGCAGUUUAGUUCCGCAGGAUACCAUGAUUACGCGUGUUAUGAUGGCUGUACGCUUAAAACAGGGAAAGAAAUAGUCUAGUAUACUCAAAAAGGAUGUCUUUCAUUGUAUCUUUUGAGAAGAGGGUUUUGAAAGGAUGUGAGCCAAGCUGCUGGCAUGACAUCAAACAGAGAACAACUAAAGAAUGGUGGCUGUGAACAAAGCGUGUUAUAUUUGGAUCAACAGCAGACAGAGAGAGGUCUCAGAAUAAGAGGCACAAUGUAUAGGAGUUUUAUUCAUGAGACCACUGACACAUCAUUUGUACAAUUUAAUCAACUAUAAUUUUCUUGUUUUUUACAGCAAAAAAAUCCUUUGUUCAGCUCCUGAGGUUUAGUUCUGAAACCCUUAACUGAUCCAGAACACCUUGAUUAGAUGCAUCAGGUGUGUUACAGAAGCCGUAUACUUGAAAUAUAGAAAUAACUAAACCAUAAAGGAAACAUUGAGGAACAUGUUGUCAUAAAUAUACUGAAAAGAACUUUCUUGGGUGAGAAUUGAUUCUGAGAUUGAUAUGUAAGGAAUAAAAUGCUUCAAGGAGUACUGUUAUAGGAAAAUAAUCAGUGUUGGGGUGGUAUGUUAUGGUCUGAAGAAGUGGAGUUACUGUUACCACCCUAUAGCAGCACAUCCUGAAGUGUUUCACUCCACUUCUACCACAGCAAGUUGCCAACACUUACAAUUUAUCCCUUUAUAGUUUAGUUUUAAUGUUGUGGAAAGUCCCCGAAACAAGUUAGUUCCUGUUAUCACUUACAUUAUAACAACUAUAAAAAGUCGGUUUCUCACCAGCCUCGAUCUUUUUCUUUUUCUUGAAGUUAAUACGACAAAAAAUGCAGCUUGUCAUGUUACAGAGAAACCGCAAAAAGUGGAAAGUCCUCUGUCCUGAAGACUUUCCCAAGUCAGAAAUCAAAAAUACCUUAAUACUUAACCAAAAAUACUUAAUAAACAUCUUCUUACCGAAAACUUGAACAAUCCGCCAUAAAAGUGUGUAAACUGGUAUAAAAGAAACAAUAAAUUAUUAAAAAGAGCUCAUUAAUAUUUAUCAAAUUAGCUUCUGACCUCUUAGAAUUGAGAAUUAUGCAGUAUGAAAUUUCAAACAGAGUACAACAGAUGUGGUGUAUAAGAUGCCGGAGCAUACAAACUCAAAUGCGGCUAUCUUUCUUGCUUCAAACUGUCCAUUUUGUUUAGAUACUGUUUAAUUGAAAUGUGUAAUGUUAGAUCUUCUGGAACAGACUUUGGUGACCACUGCCUUACAGAGUUUUACUCAUGACCACUGUCUUCUGUCCAAACUCUAAACCAAGAGGACUCUGGGUCGCUCAUGUGUGAGCAUUUGAGCUGGUCCACUUGUGCAUCAUCACAGCCUGAAAAAAAAAGUAGCCAAUUUGUUGCCUGCUCCAUUUCCCCAGUGGAUCAAAAUGCCAAAACUUUCACUCAGUUAAGAGAAGGAUUCUGUCAUGAGACACAAACUGGAGGAAAGGAGUUGCUCAAUAUCAUCAUGACUUCAUGUCACCGUCUAUUCAGAAUACUGGGACGAUUUAUUAUUUUUUUUUUUGAGCUUGUUUUUGCCUGUGGAUCGUGAGAGUUUGGCUGUGCCGUGAGCCGAUGUCUUCAUUUAGAGUAGGGCACGCUUAGCGCUUUCCCCCUUCGUGUACAUAGUUGUCAGUUUACAGCUGUUUGUUUUGCACAUUUUUUCAUCUUUGCACAAUGUUUUCAUAGUGGCAAUGCAAUGCUAAAAAUUCUAUAAGGGUAUCUGGAAAUAAGAGAAAACUAAACAGUAUCUAUAUAGAUAUGCUAUAUAUACAGAUAUAAAGAACUAUAUUAUAAUAUAUAUUAAUUGCAUAUUGAUGUAUUCCUGAUGAGCACAAUAUGAUUGUAUCUCUAAACUAUAUUAGAUUUUAUUUAUUUUAUUUAUCACUAUAGAUAUAUUAAGUCAUUUAAAUGUUGGAUAAAGUGUUGGUAUGAGAUAUGAGAUAUAAAAAAAGACCAGAUCACUGUUAAGGCAUAUAGGUGGUUUAGCUCAGUAAUUCAGUAGGCAAUCUGUAUUUCUGUGUAUACAAUCAUGUGAAUUUGGGCUAAGAUUUUUUUUUGUCAUGGUGGCUGUAAGGUUAUGUGACAAGAUGGACCUGUUAUGUAUUGUGUUGUACACCAAGCCAUUUAAAAAAAAAAAAGAUUAAUUCCUCUGACAGUCAAAAUGACGCAUAUACUCACCCUAACAGGCCUUAAGUCAAACUGCAUGUUAAUUAAUGCUUUUUUUUUUUUUUUUUUUAAUUUAACGUGUUGAUGUCUUGAUGGGCAUGCUAAUAUAUAUGCUUUAAAAAAGAAACACGCUUAAAAACAGUGUGAAAUCCUAAAGCAAGCUUGAUAGAUAGAUUUUGUUGAACAUGAGUGAAUACUGUGUACUGGUGGUAUAGGAGGCUAAACAUGAACGGUCAAAGCACAGAUGAAUCAUCCUGAUCAUGAGGGAAAAAAGAAGCUUCAAUAUUUUGCAAUUUAUAUACCUGAGUAAUAUUUUUUGAAACCACUGAAAAGUCAGUAUUUCUGAUUCAAAUAUAAAAUACAGAGAGAUAUAAUGUGUAUAUUGACCAUUUUAAAAAUGAAAAUGUGUAAAGAUAAAUGUCAUUCUCUAAAGCAGACUUCUGCAAAGACCAACUGGGAAAAUUAGUCGUUUUUCAUUUGGAUAUUACACCAAUCAAUCAGUCAGUCAUGUACAGAGCUGCUGAGGUGACAUGGUGCUUAUUUUUUAAUUUUAAUUAAAUUUUUUUAUUUUAUUUUUUAGCGUAUGAUCAGAAAUGAAUAGAUUUGAAGUCACACCCUAAGUGUCUCAUGGUUACGAAUUGUGUAACUUGAGCCCAUGGCUCAAUAUAUUAUAUGGAACGCUAUACUUAAUACAUGGCCUCCAGUUAAUUAUUUAGCGGGAAUGGGCAAAAAAAAGGUGUAUUCACUUUGAGAAUUCCUUAAGGCUAAUGGUAUUUCCAUGUAGCAGGGAUGCAGACAAAUAUACAUACAAAUACAGACAUGAAAAAGUCCUGCGCGGAUCUCUAGCUGAGACCAGUUAUAGACUGGAGUGAUGUAGCUGAGUUUGAGGAACUGUCAGAGACAGAAUUCAAAUAUCAGUGCUGCAAUUUCUACAGCUGAGGUUUUUCCAGGGUUUCUGGAGGUGUAGUGGAUCAUAUUUAAGAAAAAAAAACCUUAUUACAGAUACGGAUAUUUGGAGCACUAAACAGACACAGGUAGGGGCAUUGUAAAGUGUAAUAUUCUAAGUCACAGUGGGCUAAAUCAAUUGAUUUCACAAUCGUAACUUAUUCAUUUUAAAAUAAAACAGUUGCCAUGAGUUAAGUACUGCAAGGCCAUGAAAUAGAUCUCAAGAAACAUAAAUCAUGGCCUCAAUAUAUUAAACUGGCAACACCGUAUUAAAAAUAACCACCACGUCACCUCAGUGGCUCUGUAGUCAGGACAUCAUAAGUGAAGAUUAUACUAUUAAUCCUUUAUUUACAUUAUCAUGCCAUGUUCCAGCCACCUGACCAAUACGGUGCUAUUCAAUAUGUGUGUGUAUGUGUGUGUGUGUGUGUGUGUGUGUUUAGGUAAGAAUGGCAACAGUGUUAGCCCAGUAAAAUCCCUAUAACAAACUAUACAUUUCCUUUUCUGUUUAAAUGAUUGAAACUUUGUGAAGAGAUAAGCAGUAUUUGUGAUUAAUAUCUCUGGGUUUAUGUGAGUGUGAGUUACUGAGUAAGAGAAAUGAUUAUUUUUGUUCAUGUAUAGGUGCCAUAGAGGAGAUUAUUGGAAACUUAAAGGAAUAUUCCAGCAUUUUUACAACCUAAUUUCUAAAUGUCUAAUGUCUAAAUUUGGACAUUUUUCUGUACUAGGAAAAGAACAGGAAGUUGUUAGAUGUGGAAAAAGUACCAAAAUUAUAUACUCAAGUAGAAUUUUAAAUAACUCAUACAAUUAAUAAAUAAAUACUCAAGUAAAAGUUGAAAUGCAGCUUCACAUUCUUGAUUCAAAGUAUAGUCGAAAACUUUAAUCUCUUCAAUUUACUUCCAAGAACUAUUCACAAAAGUAAAACAUCUGCCUCAGAUCAUACACUGAUUUUAGUCACUGAUAGUAAAUUCGUGUCUCUUUGACCAGGGAAAUAAGGAACAUGUGAAAACAUUAGCUAGGCAUAACUACCAGCAACUCUAUUCCUAAACUUUCAAAUGUUAGCUAGCAUGAUGAUAACUCAAAGCUGAAAGCUAAUCACUAGCUGUCAUAAUACAAACUGCAGUCAUAAAUACAAAGUGUAUGUAGCAGCAGAUAGCUUACAGUGAUGGGUAUUAGGUCUCAUUCUCUCUGUCACAUCUGUUAAAGUUAAGAUUUGUUAGGAAUUUAUUUCUGAGAGUAUAGUAUGGAGGCUAGGUUUGAAAACGCUGGAGUAUUCUUGAAGUAUAAUAAAGAAUGAUCAUUUUUAGUUUAUCACUUCCAAAGACCCCAUUUACACCUGAUUACUUCAAGCAUCUUGUAUCUGGAUUGUAUUCUGAUCAUAUUUUAACCACAUUCAUUUACACUUUUAGUCAAACGUUAGCCACAUUGUGUCAAUAUGCAAAUCAGCUCCUUAUAUCUGCCUGUGCUGUCCCUAGUUUUCAGUUGUUUCAUGACAUUGAUAAUGGCUACAUUUAAAACAAAAUCACAAAAAUGAAAAAAAAAAAAAAAGACAUUUUUCUGUUCUCCAUAAAGGCACCAACUUUGGUAGUCUGGAAUCAUCUGGAUAGGAUUUCGGUUAUCAAAUGCAUUUACACUUAUACAAUAUCUGGUUAAAACAUGUCUCAGACCUCAAGUGGAUUGGAUUUAGAUCCAAAGGGGUGCAUUUAUACUUUAGUUUUUAUGUGGAGAAUCCCUAUACAGAUUUAAUCCUGAUACUCAGUGUACUAUUUAAUGUUUUAAAUGGGUGCAUUUACAAUUUGAGUAUCAAGAUUAUAUCCACAUACAGGUUAUCAAAAAAAAAAAAAGCAUAAUGCACCAUUUUACGGGGAUAAUCCUUAUCGGGAUAUAAUCCAGAGUGUAAAUGGGGUUACAUGACAUCUACAUUCCUUGUUAGCACCUGGGAAAUCUCUUUCCUUUUGUGUCUUUAUUCCAUCUCACUCUCUUGGUCUCUGCAAACUGCAUCCCUGUAUUUAACAUGUACUGUCUCUAGAUUGUUGUGCAAAUUUAACAAGGGAUAAUAAAAUCAUGUGCAUUAAAAAUUA